CCUCUAAGCACUUAUAAAUUCCUCAAUAAUUUAUUUUUUUCUCUAAAGAAAAAUGGGUGAAAGAUUGCGUUUAGCAGUUGGAGUAAUGGGGAAUGUCGCCUCCAUGUUGCUCUAUGCUGCACCAAUGCUUACAUUUUCUCGAGUUAUGAAGAAGAAGAAUAUUGAAGGAUUUUCAUGUGUACCUUACGUACUAGCAUUAUUCAAUUGUUGUCUCUACACAUGGUAUGGGUUACCAAUAGUAAGUUAUAAAUGGGAAGAUUUCCCAGUGGUUACUAUAAAUGGAAUUGGGAUACUUUUGGAGAUCUCAUUUAUUCUCAUUUAUUUCUGGUUUUCUUCAACUAAAGGAAAGGCAAGUUAUAUAUAUGUGUGA